AUGACUUCAGCUUUAUUGAGCAGCGCCAGCUCGACGCUACCCAACGAGCUGGCCCUCCUCGUACUCGACCACCUGGAAGACAACAACAAAGCGCUGUGUUCGCUCGCGCAGACAUGUCGGGCCAUGCAGCAUCUGGCCGAGGAGCGGCUUUACAAGACGGUCGAACUUCUCUCGGUAAAGAACCUUCACGCCAUUAUCUCGGCCUUUACGCUGCGGCGCCAGCGUGUGCGCGCCGUCCAAACCCUAAAAAUCUUGUACCAGUACCAACCGGGCGAUUUGAAAGAUAGCGACGAGCUGAGGGCCACGUUCAAUGAAUGCGUCGCCGACAUGGUCAACCUGCGGGAUUGGCAUAUUGAGAGCCCAUACGACAAUUUUCAUUGGGAAGGCGCUGGCGGCGAGGCCUGGGUAGAGGGUGAUAUGCAGCGCUUCCGCCGCGCCCUUGACACUGCAUGCACAGAGGGUCCCAGGGAAGCAGAAAUGAUUCUGGCGCAGCGGCGUCUAGGAAAAGACAUCGAGCGGACCGUGGGGCUGGCUUUGUUGGAGCGUUUGACCAUUCAUUCACACGGCGCUGACACGGACUUUUGGGAUUUCAAUGGUUUUCACUGUCUCUUUCAGCACCCUACCCUUCGGCACCUACACAUCUCUUGCGUUGCAUUUCCAGAUGCAGAAAUUCCGCAACUUGCCUCACACGUGGGCAAGACCCCCUUGACUGCACUGUACUUUGACGAGUGCGAGCUCCAGCCCAAGAGCCUGCUGAGUAUCCUGCGCACACCAGCACGGCUCAGGUCGCUAACGCUUGGCGAGAAUGUUUUCAACGUCAACCGGUCGCGAGGUGCUAAACCUCUCUUGUCUAGAAAUGCAAGCGCGUCACUGAAGGCUCUAUCGGCCGUUGAGCAUUCUCUUGAGAGCCUGACACAUCUCGACCCUGGAUGGCAUCUAGAUACAAGCCCGCACAUUCUCCGUAGCAUCCGGCCGACUGGAGAUGGCAUGCGACACUUUCACGCCUUGAAAUAUAUGGAGUGUGAUACUACCUCGUUUCUGCACCAGGGAAUCAUCAUGAACCGCGACCUGGCUCCGCCUAAGCUAGAAACACUCCGGAUUCGCCGGCAUUGGGAUGUUCCUGUGGACUUUUGGGAUCACCCUCCGGACUUUGACCGUUACGCCGCGCUCCCGUCGCUCGAAACCCUCGAACUGAUGCAGUCCUCGUAUAUCCGGCUUGAUUUGUCUGAACCAAGGUACAUCUGUAGCCCUGAGGCUCUUCGCAAUCGCCAUGCAAAAGCAUACAGGCUGUUCCAGGCUGGCAUCAAUCUCCGGAUGAUGAUAGAGCUGCACAAAAGUCCCAACCUGAUACCCCCAUAUCUCCACAACGAACGGGUUCCAGUAGUUCACUGUGUGUACGAUGCUAGGGCGGUCGGCUUCCAUCGGCACAUAGACAACGGAGAAGAUGCGCCAUCCAUAGAGAGGACAGCAAAACUCGACGAAGCGCCCCCUGAGACGGACCAACUGGGAGAUGGUGACAUUACCAGACUAACAAACCAGACUCGGCGUGGUUUGCGUCUCCUGAGGCAUAAGUUUGUACGUCCCAAUCGACGGCUGGCCUUUAUGGAGAUGUUCGACACGGACGAGGAAGAAGAGGCGCUAGUUGACAGCGAAGAUGAAUUCGAAGUGGAUGACCUGGACGAAGAAGACGAUAUGGAGCUCGACAUGGAGCUUGAUGAAGAAGAUGACUUUAUGGACGAUGAGGGCAUGCAGUUCUUCGAGCACAACGGAGAGUUUUAUGUGACCAUGUGGGAAACGGCUAGCGAGGACGAAGACGAGGAAGAAGUGAUGCAUGAUGCAGUGGAAUUACAAGAAGCUCAGAAUUUUCAUCAAGGGUGA